AUAUACUGAAGCCGAGCCGAGCCGAUAAGCUGCUUUGAAGACACAUGUUUUUCUUGGAACGAUCAGAGACUCUUUGCAUAUCUAGUGUGAUCAUGUGUACCCACAACCUCUGCUCUUUCUCCCGCUAUAUAUAUCGUCUCCCUCGUUUCUCUAUCCUCUGUGUAUCUAUCUCUAUAUCUUCUCUGAACCUGUAGCCGACGCAAACAAGAAUAAGCAAAAGGCAGUGAACAAAGAAGAUAAACUUCUUUAACUCGUUCAUUUGCUGUACUCUCGACUAUGAGGAUUGUACGUUCUUCGGAGAAGUUCUCGGCGGAGCUAAAGGAGUUCAUGUGCGCCGCUGUGCAGAGGAGGAGAGACGACGAUGGUUUCCGAGGCUCCAGAGGUGGUAAGUCAAGAAAUGCGAUGGAUCUUGAUUCCGACAACGGAAACAGAUUGGUUUGUGUUACCGGCGGUGUUUCUUACCUUGGUCGCGCCAUUGUCAAGCGUCUUCUUGUUCAUGGAUACUCCGUGAGAAUCGUUGUUGAUUGUCCAGAGGACAAAGAGAAAGUGAGUGAGAUGGAAGCUGAUGCUGAAACGGCGUCGUUUGGCAACAGGAUUACGUCAGUGGUAUCACGGUUAACAGAGACAGAGAGUUUGAUUAAAGCGUUCGACGGUUGUGAUGGCGUUUUCCACACCGCAGCAUUUGUCGAUCCAGCUGGGAUCUCUGGUUACUCGAAAUCAAUGGCGGAGUUAGAAGCAAAAGUGAGUGAAAAUGUAAUAGAAGCAUGUACAAGAACAGGGUCAGUGAGAAAAUGCGUCUUCACAUCAUCUCUCUUAGCAUGUGCUUUGAAAGACAAUUCCCUUAACGAUCUUGAUCACUCUAUUAUCAAUGAAGAAAGCUGGAGCGAUGAACAGCUCUGCGUCCAUAAUAAGCUUUGGUAUGCACUUGGAAAAUUGAAAGCCGAGAAAGCUGCUUGGAGAAUCGCAGAUUCAAAAGGAUUAAAGCUUGCCACUAUCUGUCCUGCUCUUAUCACUGGUCCUGACUUCUUCCAACUUAACUCCACUUCAACCUUGGCUUAUCUCAAAGGAGCAAAAGAUAUGUACCGCAACAGAUUAUUAGCUACAAUGGAUGUGAAUCGGUUGGCUAAAGUUCACGUCCGUUUAUGGGAAGGUUUGGGUAAUAAAACCGCCUUUGGUAGAUACAUUUGUUUCGAUACCAUUCUCUCAAAAGAUGGUGCGGAAAAGCUUGCUAAAGAUAUUGGUGCUCAAAUCGAAAAGAUUUGCGGUAGUAGCGACGAUUCUGAAGAAAACGCAGAAACUUCAUCUACUCCUCAAAUAUCAGACAAAAAGCUUUUAGAUCUUAUGUCAAGAACUCUACGAAGUUGCUAUCAUGAAAGUUAGCUAGAGCCUAGAGUCGACAAAAAACUAAAAGGAGCAGUUUGAGAUAAUGAUGUAAUGUUUGCUCUUAUUCUUUUCUUCUUUGCUAUGGCAUCAUGCUUUUAUUAUAUCCUCUAUAAUCAUUAUUACUAUACGAAUGUGGCUUUUGUGUGGAGGAGGUUGUUGUAAAGGGCGGUAGAGUUGGUAUUAGUUGAAAAUUAAUAUAUUGAUUUGCCAA